AUGGGCAGGGACACUAUUGCCGAUCUAAUAACUUCUAUAAGAAAUGCUGACAUGGAUAAAAAAGGAAGGGUUCGAAUAGCAUCUACAAAUAUCACCGAAAACAUUGUUAAAAUACUUCUACGAGAAGGUUUUAUUGAAAACGUUCGGAAACAUCAGGAAAGUAACAAAUAUUUCUUGGUUUCAACUCUGCGACAUAGAAAAACCAGAAAAGGAAUAUAUAAAACUAGAACCAUUUUAAAGCGUAUCAGCCGACCCGGCUUACGAAUUUAUUCCAACUAUCAACGAAUUCCUAAGAUUUUAGGUGGAAUGGGAAUUGUAAUUCUUUCUACUUCUCGAGGUAUAAUAACAGAUCGAGAAGCUCGACUAGAAAGAAUUGGAGGAGAAAUUUUGUGUUAUAUAUGGUAA